AUGACAACGACGCUGGCGCUGUUGGCAGUCGUGCUGCUGGCACGAAGCUGCGUGUGCGGAGACGAGUACCAUCGCCACACAAACAACUGGGCAGUCAUUGUGGACACUUCUCGUUUCUGGAGCAAUUAUCGACACGUGGCCAAUGCGCUGUCGCUCUACCACUCUGUGAAACGCCUUGGUAUCCCCGAUAGCCAGAUUAUCCUGAUGCUGGCCGACCAAAUGCCAUGCAACGCUCGCAACUGCUUUCCAGGCCAAGUGUUCAACAGUCGAACGCAGAAGAUUAACCUAUACGGAGAGAAUGUCGAAGUCGACUAUCGUGGGUUGGAAGUCUCUGUCGCCAACUUCAUUACUGUCCUUACGGGCCGCCACGAGCCCGGGACGCCAGCUUCAAAGAAGCUUGACACGGACGAAAACAGCAACAUCUUUCUAUACAUGUCCGGGCAUGGUGGCGAUGGCUUUCUCAAAUUCCAGGACUUUGAAGAGAUCUCCAGCCAAGACUUGGCCGAUUCCAUACAGGAAAUGCACGUCAAGAAGCGCUACAAUGAGAUUUUCUUCAUGGUCGACACGUGUCAGGCGGGAUCACUCUCUAACGCCCUUGAGUCCCCGAAGGUCGUGACCAUCGGCAGCUCGCAGACCGGCGAGAACUCGUAUGCACACCACUCGGACUCCGAGUUGGGACUAUCAGUCAUCGACCGCUUUACCUUCUCGACACUAGACUACCUGCAGCGAAUGAAAGUCGGUAGCUCAAUUCGAAAUGGGACACUCCGAGACCUCUUCAACUUCUACGACCCGAAGAUGCUGUUUUCCACGCCUGCUUAUCGUACCGAUAUCUUGGGCCGCCCCAUUGACGAGGUGCUUAUCACAGACUUUCUUGGCUCGAUAUUGGACGUGCACCUCCACUUUGACGAAGAGGCGUAUCCGGUCGAGGCCACUCCCAUUUUGAGCUCCGACACCACGGCGACAGACAACGUGUUCGACAGCUCGGCUGUGUUAGACUUUCCUGUACAGCACAGCAAGGAGUCCGCUCCAGCUGACGGUCGCAAAUUCGGUUUCUCUGGAAAGUUCUUGGUUGUGGCCGCUAUGGCCAUGAUUGGGGCUGUCUUCGUGAGCACAAAACCGAUCUGA